UGACAUCACUGGGCUUGUUUACUGUAUCAGUAACGUGGUUGGGGUAAUACCGGUAACUUGUUUUCGUAAAAAUCGUAAAAUUGGAAGGAAUUAAAAGAUAACUAUCACGGAAUUAAGAACAGUCUACAUACAAUGUCGAUGGUGAAAGUGCAAGAUACCGGUUUCAAGGGAAGAGGUUUGUUUGCUGUAGUUCCAAUUAAGGCUGGCACUGUAUUAUUCGAGGAGUCUCCUCUGGUAUCGUGCCAGUUUUCUUGGAAUUCGUCUUAUGGGUAUUUGGCUUGCGAAUACUGUUUGAGACCAUUGGAAACCGCGGAAUCUAAUGUGCGGCGGUUGACGAACGAUUAUACAAUUAACUUGCCAUACCCCGAGUGUUGCACGGUUCAAGAACAGCUCAGCAGCCACACGAAAUGUACAGAUUGCAUGGAAAUGUAUUGCGGAGCCGAAUGUUUGCAGAACGCUUUGCAACUUUAUCAUCGUGUUCUCUGUUUGGGUGCAAAUCGGUCCGAUACAAACCAUCCGAUAAAUGCUCUUGUGGAGUUUUGGAAAAACAUCCAUUUCCCUCCGGAAACGUCAAGUAUAAUGCUGGUGAUCAAAAUCAUUGCAAUGUUUAAACAGCAUGAAAAUACAUCCAAAUUGAGGACCCAAUUUGAAGAUUUUGUAAGUCAAACAGUUAAUCAGGACCUAAUGAUUUUUCAUAAAAUGUUGGGAGAAAAUUUUUCCCAGCAGAUCGAGCAAUUGUAUGAUCUUAUUUGUAAUGCGUUUGACCCUUCUUCUGACAAGCGACUCCAUUGGUUGAGCUUGUCCGGCUUUCGAUCUUUACUGGCAUUAAUAGGAACAAACGGCCAGGGAAUCGGAACCAGUUCUUUCGCUGACUGGGUUCGAAACGUUACGGACAUUGAAAUGAACGAAAUGCAACGCGAAGCAUUAGAUGUGACGAUUGAUAAUUUGUACAAUAAACUAGAUGAUGUGGUUGGAAGUUUUUUGAACAACGAAGGAUCUGCCUUAUACGCUCGUCAGAGCAAAGUCAACCAUAGCUGUGCACCAAAUACAGAAUGUCGUUUUCCACAUUCCAACAAUGUGCUAGCUCUAACGACAAUCCGCGAUAUUGAUGCUGGACAAGAAAUUUGCAUUUCAUAUUUAGACGAAUGUGCACUGGAACGUUCACGUCAUUCGCGACAAAAGAUGCUUAGUGAGAAUUACCUAUUUCAAUGCAAGUGUGAGAAAUGCGAAAGUCAAGUGGCAGAUCCGGAUGAAACAUCUGAAGAAGAAGGCAGUUCUGAGGAGGAGCAACAAAUGGAUGAUGAUUCAGAUUAAGCAAGUUAUUUAUUUUUUCAAUAUAGGUGUAUCUUUAAUCCCCGCGGAUGAUGCAAUGUGGGGUUGACAGUAAUAUCGCGUUCGUGGGUUUCGGGCAGGUUUUUUCGAACGAAGCAGAAGACGGAUUGCGGGGCACGACACUGCUAGUGAGCAUGCACAUGAACAUACAUUUUCCGUUUUGAGUUCGAAUUUGUGCGUCCGAAACAUAUAUAGGAUAAAAUGGCUUUGUUGGCUAUAGAUGCCUCCUAAAACGCA